AUGGCCUCCGCGUCCCCGCAGCCGGAGCCCGAGCCGGGCCGCAAAGCCCGCGGCCGGCAGGGCGGAGCCCGGGUCUGGGAAGAGCCGCAGCCGCAGGCCAAGAAGCUCAAGAGCGGCGCCGCCGAGCAGCCGCCCCCGAAGCUGCCCAAGCGCAAGAUCGUGCUGCUCAUGGCCUACUCGGGCAAGGGCUACCAUGGCAUGCAGAGGAACGUGGGGUCGUCCCAGUUCAAGACCAUUGAAGAUGACCUGGUGUCGGCCCUUGUGCAGUCUGGCUGCAUCCCGGAGAACCACGGCCAAGACAUGAGAAAGAUGUCCUUCCAGCGCUGUGCACGCACAGAUAAGGGGGUGUCUGCAGCUGGCCAGGUGGUAUCCCUGAAGGUGUGGCUGAUCGAUGACAUCCUGGAGAAGAUCAACAAGCAUCUCCCGGCUCACAUCCGGAUCUUGGGACUGAAGCGGGUCACUGGUGGCUUCAAUUCCAAGAACAGAUGUGACGCCAGGACCUACCUGUACAUGCUGCCCACAUUCGCCUUCGCCCACAAGGACCGUGACGUGCAGGACGAGACAUACCGCCUGAGCGCCGAGACGCUGCAGCAUGUGAACCGGCUGCUGGCCGUCUACAAGGGCACCCACAGCUUCCACAACUUCACCUCGCAGAAGGGGCCCCGCGAGCCCAGCGCUCGGCGAUACAUCCUGGACAUGUUCUGCGAGGAGCCCUUCGUGCACGAGGGCAUGGAGUUCGCUGUGAUCAGGGUCAAGGGACAGAGCUUCAUGACACACCAGAUCCGGAAGAUGGUGGGGUUAGUGGUAGCCAUCGUCAAGGGCUACGCACCUGAGAGCCUGCUGGAGCGCAGCUGGGGCGAGGCCAGGGUGGACGUGCCCAAGGCACCCGGGCUGGGCCUGGUGCUGGAACGGGUGCACUUUGAGAAGUACAACGAGCGCUUUGGCCACGACGGGCUGCACGAGCCACUCGACUGGGCACAUGAGGAGGCGGGCGCAACUGCCUUCAAGGAGCAGCACAUCUACCCUACCAUCAUUGGCACAGAGCGGUGCGAGCGCUCCAUGGCCCAGUGGCUCGCUACACUGCCUGCUCAUGACUUCAGUGCCUCGGCCUCUGCCAAGGACCCCAGCCCCCUGGCAGGCAGCGAGGGGGACGAAGACAGCGGCUGAGGCUGCCUUUGCUUUGUGGGGCUCCUGCCCCAGGACAGCUUGGGCACAGCCUGGUGGCUCCGGAUCCCCAGAUCUAUCUGUGUCAUCUCUGUGUCUUCCUCACCAGGAGCAGCUGCCGUGCAGCCAUUUUCAGCUCAGGCACGAACUCCGCACAGCUUAGCAAAUAAAAAUGCUAUUUUCGUAA